GUGACCGUCCUGGAGGACGACCCCGAGUUCAACGCAGGCUGUGGAUCCGUCUUGAACGUAAAUGGGGACGUGGAAAUGGACGCCAGUAUCAUGAGUGGAAAAGACCUGUCUUCGGGCGCCGUGUCUGCCGUGCGCUGUAUCGCGAACCCCAUCAAGCUGGCCCGGCUUGUGAUGGAGAAGACGCCUCACUGCUUCCUGACUGACCGGGGGGCCGCCGAGUUCGCAGCCGCCAUGGGGGUCCGAGAGGUUCCUAGGGAGCAGCUGGUAACAGAGAGAAACAGAAAACGCCUCGAGAAAGAGAAGCACUGCAAAAGCGCUCCGAAGCCAGAACCCCAAAAACACUUGGGAACGGUGGGCGCUGUUGCCUUGGACUCCAAAGGAGACGUGGCCUACGCCACCUCGACAGGGGGCAUCGUGAAUAAGAUGGUCGGCCGAGUGGGGGACUCGCCCUGCAUAGGAUCCGGCGGCUACGCCGACAAUGACAUUGGAGCCAUUUCAACCACGGGGCACGGGGAGAGCAUCCUGAAGGUGAACCUGGCCAGGCUCACUCUCUUCCACGUGGAGCAAGGAAAGACAUUAGAGGAGGCUGCUGAGGUGUCGCUGGGUUACAUGAAGUCGAAGCUCAAAGGACUAGGGGGUGUCAUCUUGGUCAACAAAGCAGGAGACUGGGCGGUCAAGUGGACCUCGGAGUCCAUGCCCUGGGCGGCCGCCCAGGCCGGCAAGCUGCACUGCGGCAUUGACCUCAACGCGACCAGCAUCACUGACCUUGACCCGCUCUGA